AUGUCAACUCCUCCAAGCCUAUGGGGGAGAUAUUUCCAGAGGUCUGGACAGAUUCUCGGGAAGACUCUAUCUGAUAUCGUUCUAAUGAAAGGCGCGGACGGACCUGUACGCGCUCCCCGAACGCUGUUCUCGUACAACACCGCAGAAGAAAUCAACCAAAUUGCUACUGGGUGCGACGCGGACAUCGGCGGCCUGUCCACCGUGAACUUUACUCUGAAUACAAGACCAGAGAUUAACCAGCCCAUUGGAAAGCCCGCGACGGGGAUGUUUUGGGGCGACAUGCGCACGCAGGUCAAACCUGGGAUGCAAGGCAAGAUUCGGGGAGGGUAUGCGGGGUUCCGAAAUAAGAACAAACCGACGAUGUUCGGAAACAUGACGGACGACGCGUCCGCACACGAUUACCUUGCCCUCCGAGUCCGCGCUGCCGGAGAUCCUCAAACCCACAAUUCCUUCUUCGUCAACAUCCAGACGGAGGGUCCUAUCUCCAGGGACCUAUGGCAACAUAGACUAUAUUUCAAGAAGCAAAAUGGCUCUUGGGAGGACGUCUAUCUGCCUUUUGCCAAUUUCGUGCGGACGAACGCUGGAGAGAUGUCAGAAAAUCAAAUGACUAUGCUAAGAGAGAAGAUUCGGAGCAUAGGAAUAUCAAUCCUAGGUGGAAAUAGUGGGAUUGAGGGCAGGUAUGAGCUGGGUAUCGACUCGGUACGCAUCGUCAAUGAGGAAGAUGUGGAUUAUACAACUUUCGGCAGCAAGUCAGAUUCAGAAAAAGAUCCAUUUGAUGAGAAAGUAACUCUAUAG